AUGUGUCAAACAGGCUGCGCAAGCAGCAAAGGGGGCAGAAAAACAAAAACAACAACAACAACAGUAGGCCCACGUUGAUAAGAAGUUUCGCUCUGUUUCUCUCCCUUGUUUGCUCUGUACAAUUGCAUCACGCCGUUGCUGGUCAACCGCUUCACCAAGUACACCGAGCACAACAACGGGAAUGCACCUGGUGAAGAGGUCCUUAACCACCUACUCAAAGGACUACAGCGCGCUUGCGCGUAGUUAUGAGCUGACACAAUCUGUCACCAAGAUCCUGCGUACAAGGGACUCAAGGCUCUCACAAACGAGCUCUUUCCAGUACGCGCUUGAUAACUUCCGGUCCAACGCAGAUGGGUUCUUCUGCUCCAAUCAGGACGUCCUGUCCGGCCCGCGCGCUGUUGUUGCCCAAGGUUUGGUGCUCUCUGAUAAGGCCAUUGUGAUCUCUUUAGACACAGGUGGUGAUGUCCAUGAAACAACCGAUGUAGGGUUCUGUAUCUAUGACAAGUCGAGGAACUCUGUGUACAAGAUCCAGCUGGAUAUCAAGGGCCGGAAGCUAUCGAGAAAGUCAGGUAUCAUGGAUAACUUGCUGGCGGUUCCUCUGAAGGUAUCGCCAACACAGGCACAGGUGUUCAUAACAAGGCUCUUUGGACAUUACACACAGCUGAUGAAAGGAGAUCACGACGUGUGUCUUGUUGGACACAACCUGGAACGUGAUUUGAAGUCUUUGAUGACUUUGAACGUCAACGUGCCUAGGGCUCUGCAAAAAGUCGACACUGAUAUCCUAUGCAGACAGUUUUUAUUCCCCAAAGGUUUGAAUCUGGGGAAAUUGGCCAGAGAGUUGAAUGUCCAGGAGACAAAACCAUUCCAUCCUUCCGUUAACGACGCAUACUACACCAUCCAGGUACUUCUCAAGCUUUUAAGCGGGACCGAGUGUGAUAUACCUUUUGAAAACUUGAAGCUAUCACACGAGGAAUACCACAAGAAGCUACACAGAAACUUGGAUCAAUUCGAGGCAAUGCUGCAAAUACGCAGUUUGGUCAAAGACGUCACCGGGUUCCACGAUGAAAAGACGGUGGACCAGGUGAUAAAGUUCAUGUGCAAUGGCUCAAAGAGACCAAGAGACUUUGACAUGAAGACCGUCAUGCCGAGAAUUUACAAAGCACUUCGCAAGAUGGAAAGAAGUGUUACUAACCCAUGCAAGAAUAUUCCAAAGACGAUAUAGAUUGUUGUUGUUGUUAUACACCUUUAUAAACAAUAUAUUCAAACAAUGGCUUGUAAUCCUUCCUCCAGU